GUUAGACUUGAUGUCAUUUCACUGCUUAUGUUCUAAUGAGUAAUGCGGUUAGAUUACGUUACAACCGUCAGGGUUAAGGUAGGAAUUAGCGCCCGGCUCAGCCCCGAUUUUAGACCCGGGGGAACCGCACCCCGACUUAUCCACAUCCGGAGCGAGAAAUACGCGAAGACUGACCGGCGACUGCCUGAAGCUAUACAACACGCCGAAACCUUAACGGCGGAAGGAGUCAUGUUCGGAAGGCACGAUGACUAUAAAGGUAUUUCAUGGGCCGACUACAGAGGGCAUGAUAACACCAGACAUCAACGCAACAAUUCCCUACAAACUAUACCCUAAUACUACAGUAUCUUCUUGACAACAAUACCUCCUUUUCACGAAAAUACCAAUUUCAAAAAGUUAUCGAAACAUGACUCAGAAGACGGUUGCUUUCUUUGGCGCAAGCUUCGGUGUUGGGCUUUCUGCACUAAAACACAGUCUUGCUGCAGGCCACCAAUGCGUUGCGCUCUGCCGAAACCCAACUAGACUUACCAGUGUCGUUCCAAAGGAAGAAAAUACCAAUCUUCAAGUCGUACAAGGCAACGCUCAUGACGUGGAAGCCGUAUCUCGCUGUAUCAAGACUUCAGACGGCAAAUUCGUUGAUGAGAUCAUUUUCACGAUCGGUACCCGCUUCAUCAUGUCCAAAAUGAGUUUCGAGGACGUAAAUGUCUGCGAGAAGGGUAUGACUACUCUUUUCGAAGCUUUGGCGAACCUACGCAGUCAAGGCGUUGAGGGUCGACCGCACAUCGUCGCAGUUAGCACUACUGGCCUGUCUAAGUUCACACACGAUAUGCCCCGUAUGAUCAAUCCGGUAUGGCAAGCUAUGAUUAAGGUUCCGGGCGCCGACAAGCGAGUGAUGGAAGACAAAUUAGCUGAAAGCGGCGAGGAGUUUACCAUUGUUCGGGCCAGUUUCCUGGUUGAUGGUGAAUCGGAUAGAACGAUCCGUGAAGGCAUCGAAGACCCUACGACCGGAGUUGAAACCCCAAUUGUGGGGUACAAGAUCUCGAGGGAAGAUGCAGGGAGAUGGAUUGCGCGCAAUCUCGUAAUGACGAGAAAUGAGAAGUACAUAAACAAGACAGCAUCAAUCACUUACUAGGAUUUAGUGGGGUAAUACUGGAUAGGGGUAUUUGUUUCGCAGAAACAGCGAUGUAUAUCAUGACUGUACGGUAUAGGCUUUUUGGGAGAGGAUGUGUUGGAAGAAAUGGGUGGUGUUUAUUUAGACGAGCGAGAAAUUCAACUUUGAUUAGUCACCAUAUCUACAACACGCAAUUUCCUCGUCUUCAAGCUAUAGAUCUGCUGACUUUAUAGCUUUUCAUAAUUGGAC